GAAGUGGCACGGCUGAAUCGUAUUCGAAGAAAAUGGUGUUGAAGAGGCGACUCUACCCUUGGAUGUAUUUCUUCCUGCCUCUUAUUUGGGGAAACAUUUCGACUGCAGAACAUCUCUCUGGGGUUGUGAAUGAAACCAUGAAUCUUGUCUGCACAAAUGACUUGGACUCUUGGAUUAAUUGCCAAUGCAAGCCACCAUUUGAAGAGCAAAACUGCACUGUCUAUACUUUGACUAUUGAUGAAGGAUAUGAGAAGAAGAGUUGCAUUUUCCAGCAGUGUGACUCUGUAUGUUGUUGCCGUGUGAACAUGGGACUUAUCAUUGCAAGCAUCUAUACAGCAGACGUUUUGAAAGGGGGAACAACUAUGAUGUCCAAAAACAUCAGCACCUCAGAAAGCAUAAAACCUAAAGCCCCAACAAUCUCAGUGAAGGAAGUCAACGGAAAUUUUGAAGUCACGUGGGAGACAAACAUGAAACAAAGUGUCAGAGAAUCUUUGCAUGCUGAAGUGACUUAUCGUAAAAAAGGAGACACAAAAGAGGAACCUCAUAUAAUUAAUGCCUCGAAUUCCUAUGACAUACGUGGUCAAGACUUGGAGCCAAGUACAACAUAUGUGGUCAGCGUGAGAAACUAUUUCAAUUGGAGUGGCUUGUACAGUGACAGUAGCCAAGAGUUGGAAUUUACAACCUCUGCGCCUCCACAUAUGCUGCUCUUGUCUGUCUUCGUCAGCCUUACUUUUGUUGCAGUUAUCAUCACCAGUGUUGUAAUGGGCUGUUUUCAAAAAUUAAAAGCUAAGUGGUGGGAUACCGUUGCCAAAUGUCCAAAUCCAGAACUUUUAGAAAUGCGUCCAGGUGAGCAAAUGUUCUUAAAGCCAAUACAAACCAACCUCUCCUCUGUCUCCAUUGACACUGCUGUUGUAAAUAACAGUAAACCAUGGUUAAAGGGGUCACUGACAGAAAGCAGCAUUGAGAUGAGUAUCAGCUCAUCUUCUGCAAACAUAGAACCUGCUAACAUCAAGGCUGGCGUUCAGGAAGCCCUCAGUAUAGCCUUCGCCCAUGUUGGUCCAAAAUCAUCAAUGGAAUCAAACAAAGACAGUGGUUUGCUCUCUGCUUCCUUCAAUCCUUGUACUACAGCUGAUGACUUGAAAAAUUCUCCUGAAUUCACUAACUUUGACAACAUGACCUAUCUGAUAGGCACUCCCAGCUGCGAGAUAAUGAAUAGUUCUGAGAAUCGAACGCAGGCUGAGAUGCUCUGUGACUCUGCACACCAUCCCAGUGAGGGUGAUGGGAUGACCUUUCUUGACAAGCAAGCACCAUCUUGUGAGGAUCCUCUCUGCUUCCACCUGAUGGUCAGAAAAGCACACUGGGGCCACAGUAACCACAGGCGACUUCGCGAUAGGAUGUCUGUUAUCCUGUUUCUACUAGGAAACAUCGCCACUGUGGCUCUCUCUGGGCUUAAUUGUACAACAGGCCUACAUCUGGAUUGUAACAACAACUUCGAGGAUACGAUGUAUUGCCACUUCGAUGCACAAAACUGCUCUGAAUACAAACUGUCUAUCCAGAGCAACGAGGGCUAUGGCAGGGUGAAUUGCACUGUGGAGCAGUGUGCUAGACGGUGUUGUUGCUCUGUCGGUUUGUAUCUUGUACACGGGGAGACUCACACAGCAAGAGUUCAGAAAGGGGACCAAAGUUUGGGGUGCAAAAACAUCGACGUCUCAUUCACCGGAAGGCCCAACAAACCAACAAUCAUCCAGGUGGAUGAAUCCAACGGGAACUUCAUAGUUAUUUGGAGGUCAAACGUUCAAAGGAAAAGUACCAAAGACAGCUUGUGGGCUGAAGUGACUUACCACAAAAAAGGAGACACAAACAAGACACUUGUCCUUGUCAAACCAUACGAAGUUAAUGGACAGAAUACCUUUGAAAUAUCCGGUAAAGACUUGGAACCAAUAACGACAUACGUGGUCAGAGUGAGAAGCAAAUCGAACAUAAGUGACCUGUACAGUGACAGCAGUGAAGAGUAUGAAUUCACAACUCACAUUACAAUGCAAACAGCUGCUGAUACAACAGCUAUCUCCCGCAACAUCCUGUUAUGGGCUCUCAUCAUAUUCCUCAGUAUUUUUGCAGCCAUCCUCAGCGGUGCGAUAUACUUCUGUUAUGUAAAGUUUAAAGCUAAGUUGUGGGACUCAGUUUCUGAUACUCAAAAUCCCAAAGUUCUUCUUAUGCAUUCAAGCGAGCAGGAGAUGUUGAAGCCCAAACCACCCAUCAUCUCCUCUAUCUGUGUUGAGCCUUUCAUUCCAGUUGACAGCAAACCAUGGUCAAAGGGGUCACUGACAGACAUCUGCAGCAACAGCCUUCAUCAAAGCAGUGGGAUCAGUACCGGCUCCUCUGCGCUCAGUUAUGCUCACACAGAACCUGCUGACAUUAUAGCUUGUGUUCAGGAUGCCCUCGGUAAAGCCUUUCCCAAUAUCAGCCCGAUAUCACCUGUCACCUCCAAUCUGCUUACAGAAUCAACCAAAGGCAGUGGUUCAUUCUCCACUCCCUACAAUAAUUGUAGUGUUAAAGCUUAUGACUCGAGUUCUGGGUCAUCUGGAUUUGACAAUAAAACCUAUUCCAUCCUCAUUCCCGCCUGUCAGACAGUGACAGACAGCUCUGAGAAUCAAACACAGGCUGAGAUGCUCUGUGACUCAGCAUACCAUCCCAGCGAGGGUGACAUGAUGACCUGUCUUGACAAGCAAGCACCAGCUUGUUUAGUUCCUGUACAAGAUAUCAUUUUUCCACCAGUGGCUUCAUCUCUUAUACAAACAGACAUGUCGUAUCAGGGCAAUGCCGACUCUGGGAGAUUUUCCUAUGCAGAAGACUCCAGUUUGUCUUCCAUCUCUAGCAGCACCAACACAACCGCGUCUUGUGAUCUCUUGUCCAGAGUUGAGAACUUUGACGAGUGUGUGGUUGCGACAAAGCCCGAUGGCCAAAGUGAAGAGGUCACUGUAUGUGAUGAAAAUCCCUGCUACAACUGUGUGCCCCCAAACUCCUGCAACUUUCUUCCAGUGGAUGACAACUACCAGGCAUUUCAAAGUCUUGUGAAGCCACCUGAUGUUUUGAUUUCAGAGCAGAGAAGUGGGGAGGAAGAGGAAGAUUUUGACAGAUAUCCAGAGAAAGCAUCCACAAACAUCCUGCAAAGCUUCUUAAGCCCAGUGUUUCCGGAUUUCACUAAUGGUGUGCAGGGUGGUCGGUGUUUCUCUGAGCUCCAAAAUCCUUUUCUCACUGUGAUCUCUGCUGGCCAGUCUGUGCCGAUAAUCACAGACAGUGGCUAUCAAAGUGUGUAGAGCUGAUUUUAUUUGUUUUAUUUUUGUGUGUGUGUAUUAUUUCUGAAAUAUCCGCCUCUUUUCACUAUUAUUAUGGUUGAUACAUUUUAAAAGAUGAGGGAGAAGAUGAUGAUAUGAUAAGCAUUCACAUCAUUAACAUGAUGAUUUCUGAGUUUAUUCUUGAACUUGGAAAGAGCAGGAACACAGUCUCACCUCAGGGGCCAUUCAGCAGUUUUUCUGUAUCUUUUUGAUCAUGUCACAUGACCUUCAUCAGCAGAUGGAGUUUGACCAGUUGUCAUGGGAAUGUACAAACAUUUUUAAUAACUUAACUCCACUUUAAUAACUCCUUUCCAUAUUCUACAUUUCUGUGACACUUGGGUGCCUGCUGAUGAAGAUCACGUGAUAUGAUGGAAAACCCCAACACAGCAACUUAAUUAACUUUUGGGCAUUAACUGUAACAUCUGUGGUACAAAUUAUUUAUGUUUAGUUUUGUUGAACCAAAGUGAGCACAUUUUGCACUUUGCAUCUUUAAAAAUGAAAAUGUGUAAAGUUCUUAGAUGAUUGUCGAUAUGUAUGUAUCUAUAUAUACAUAGAUACAUACAUAUCUAUUUAUAUAUAUAUGAAACUGAUUGAACGCACUAGUUUUACUUAUGCUUUGAAUGCUUACUUGCCACAAACUUAUAGAACACAGCUGCAGUUAGCUCAUGUGUCUCAUGUGUGAUAUUCAAAUGUCAUUUGUUUUUCAUAUCUAAAUGAAUGUAGCUCAUGGAAAUGUAUUCCUUAAAUGUUUUACUGUAUAAAGGCUGUGAAGACCACGGUAAGACUUCAGUGAUAUAUCUAAGUGAACUAUAGAACAGUUUGUGGUACACUAUUCAGCCAUGAAUUGACUGAAUGUAGUGUCUGAAACAAACCACAACAAUAAGCAUUAAGGCGGAGCCGACGCUGUUCAGGGUUGGGAAAUGACUUCCUCAUUUCUGUUCUCUGGAACUGCUGAGACAUUUCCACAGAAACACGUCAGCUGCACACAGCAGUUUUUCCCAGCUUGUACGUGUUACUCAGAGGACCUUUUUACUUUUUACCAUAUGAAUGUCAAGUUUAAGGGAAUAAGUCAAUGAAAAUGUUACUGUUAAUGAAUACUUCUAUGGUUCCAAUAAAAGAUAUUUACACUGAGAAAA